AUGAAUGUUCUAAUUCAAUAUGGCGACAUAACCCGCAAUCCUCUCUACAACUGCAGUGCGAUGUAUACAACAAGUCCCGAAAGAGAACGAGUGAAACGUCCAACAUUAGGAUUAUCUGUUAUGGGCUAUGGCGCUAUAACUCUGGUUUUAUACUCAUUAGCAUUGAUUGUAAUGAGGAGGAAGGCUGUGUAUCAAUUCACUUGUUACAAGAUAAUGUUCUGUUUGGGAUUUUCUGAUAUGACUUCAUCAAUCAUUAACAACUUCAUAAUGGGCUAUUACAUCUAUGACGGAAUUUCAUUCUGUGAUUAUCCAAAUAUUCUAUAUACAUCUGGAUGCUUUAAUAUGGCUGGAUGGUCGACUUCAUGCUUUUUCUGUCUCUUAUUAGUUCUAAACAGAGUAUUGGAUAUAGUAGGUGUCAGACGGAGUAUCAUGAACUUCUUCUUCGAUCCUUUACAUCUUAAACUAAUUAUAUCAUUGGGUUAUCUAUACGGUUCUUACUUCAUCUUCAUUGCCAAUCCACCCUUAUUCUCAAGUCGACUAUGUACAAGCAUAUUGGAUCCUCUUAUUUACCUCAACAAAGCUAAUGAUUACACAUGUAAAGUUUUUGUUUUUAAUAACAUCGUAGUUGUGGCUACGACAUGCUCUCUUUAUACUUUUUAUUGUAUUUUUGUGUCUCAUCGCUUCCACGAACUUUCUAAUUUGAAUACUUCAACUCAUCGGAAACUUCAACAGCAAAUAUUCGCUCAAGUGACAAUAAUGUGUUGUCUUCAUUUCUCCUGCUCUGUCAUAUUUACACUUCUUCAAUUCAUUACCAUUCCAUUGGCUUUGGCAAAUUUUAUCAACGUCGUCUAUCAGAUAACAACAGGAGCUCCAGCAGUAGUUUAUAUUUUACUGAAUAAAACAAUACGUCAAGGAAUAGCUGAGUUAUUCGGACAGACGCAGAAGCUUGUCUUCUCAAAGGUUUUUCAACAAUUACAUUUAAAAGCUUCAAUAGCCUAUAUAUCAGAUGACAAAGUCUUCCGUGAGUAG